GACAGGGUCCAGAGAGGAAAAGGUCCGGUCUAAGGAGGUCCGAGUCCAGGAUGGACAUGAGCUGCAGAGAAGACAAGUUUUCUGGGCACAGUUAACUUAAAAUAAGGAAUUACUUUGUUCUGCAGGAGACAGAAGGACACUUUAUUUCCAGGAGGACUCCAGUGAAGAACGGGAGCUAAAACAGAGGGAAUAUCUGUCUUUGAAACAUCUUGGACCUCAGGAUUAUGGUGGUGCAUGCUCCAACUGAGGAUCUGAAGGACAAUCAAAAUGCUGAAAUGUAAAGUUGGAAGUUUCUCCUGCUGCCUGGGUUUCACCUCGCUGCUGCUGCUCCAGGUUGUGAGCAGUGCGGCUCCCACAAAGGUCCCUGCAGUGUCCAUUCCCUGUAACAUCUCUGUGUCUGGAUCAAUAUCCAGUCUGAACUCUGUUUCUUUGACUGUGAGCACUCCUGGACAGAACUGCUCCUUCUCUGUGGCAUCGCCGGACGUCGGAGCGGACAUCUCCGAGUGUAGAAGAAUCCCAGAACGGGAACUCAGGAGGAACGAGACUGUAGAAGGACAGGAAGAGGGAAGAGGGUUGAGCUUUGUGCCGACCGAGGAUGGGGGAAACAGCAGCCGGACGGAGGUUUUCACCUGCGUUUUGGAUCACCUGGAACCUGGAACCGCCUAUCAGCUGCAGGUUCGGUCGCAGACAGACAAUGAGUCAGCAGAGGUCACCGUGCACACCAGGCCAUCGGCAGUGGUGGGCCUUGCGGUGACCUCCAGGACAUGCCGGAGCCUGGGCCUUUCCUGGCAGGCGGGCCCAGGCAGGACGCAACGCUUCAGGCUGCAGCUCCGGGAAGAAGUGAAGAGUUUGAAUCAAUCUGGUCUGCUGAAGAACGAGUCGUUAGGAAGCACGACGACGCAGCACACGAUCAAUGACCUGACACCAGGGCGACUGUACAACGUUACCGUGGUGACGGAGGCCGGUGGGCUGCAGAACAGCAAGACGAUCGAGGCUCGGACAGCGCCCUCUGCUGUUUCCAACAUCACCUCGGAAAACAAUGGCACCAGUCUGCGGUUGUCAUGGCAACAACCUGAAGGCCACGUGGAUGCUUUCGUCGUCACGUUCUCCAACAACAACACGUUCCUCCAGAUAACAACUCAGUCUGGAGAUGCCACAGAAGUAGAGGCCUACCAGCUCACCCCUGGCUCGGCCUAUCAGGUGGAAGUGAUGUCUGUUAGUGGUACUCUAACAAACCAAUCAGAAAUCACCGUCAGGACAGCUCCGGCACCAGCGUCUCUUCUCAACUUGUCUCCUUCUUCCUCCGGCGGGCUUCUCCUAACUUGGGCGCCCCCUGCUGGCAACUGGGAGAGCUACAGGGUUGUCCUGUUUGAGGGCUUGAAGCAGUUAGUCGGUACCUCCCUGGACAGGAAAACGGUGAACUUUAGCUUUCCGGGGACAUUGCUGACACCUGGAAGACGAUACAGAGCCGUGGUGAGCGUGGAGAGUGGAGGACUGACGAUCGACAGCAGCUGUGAUGGAUCAACAGCUCCUGCUGCAGUGGUGGAUCUCCACAUUCGCCACUCUGAUGAGACUUCGCUCAGUGCCAUGUGGAACCACGCCCCUUCUGGGUCACGUGACGGCUACUUCCUCACCAUUCGCCAUGAUGAUGCCACCGUGGACACACGAGAGGUUGAGCCAAACAUGAGGGAGUGCACGUUUAACGUGCUCACACCUGGAAGGUGGUACAUCAUCACCGUGACAACGAGGAGCGGGAAACUGAACACAUCUGUGUCAGUGGAGGGAAGGACAGCUCCUAUGGCGCUGCGUACGAUCAGCCUGAGUAACUCUGGAGUCAACAGCCUUCAGGUGACGUGGGAGAAACCACCAGGAGACGUGGACUCAUACAAACUGGCUCUGCUGCAAAACAGUGUUGUUGUUCAGAACCACAGUGUUCCAGCUGGGUCCGCUUCUCUUGUUCUGACUGGUUUGACACCAGGAACCCUCUACAGGCUGCAGGCUGCCACUGUCAGCGGGGACCUGCAAUCUAAAUCCAUCAGUCUGGAGGCUCAAACAGCCCCAGCCGCCGUCUCCAACGUGAAGGUUGCCAAUGGCGGCAGGUCAGAUGCUCUUUACGUCUCGUGGCUUCCUGCAGAGGGCGUCGUGGACAGCUACCUGCUCCACCUAGAGGACGGGAAGCGGACCGUCCACAUGUUGGCAGUGUCCAGCUCCUCGCCGCCUGAGUGCUCCUUCAGUUCCCUGGAGGCUGGACGCCUGUAUUCAGUCGUCAUAGUAACAAGGAGCAGCGGACUGAAGAACACCACGGUGGUUCAGGCUCGAACACAACCGGCAACGGUGGGAAACCCAAAUGCUGUUCACGCUGGAAGAGACGACUACCUCAAGGUGUACUGGCAUCAUGCAGCGGGAGAUCUGGACCGCUAUGUGGUUCUGAUUAGUUACAACCACACCAUCCUGCAGAACCAGAGCGUCCCCACAGGACACAACGAGUGCACCUUCUCGUCUCUGAUGCCAGGGCGACUGUACACAGUCACCGUGGAAACAUGGAGUGGCAACUACGUCAGCAGCGUCUCUACCCACGGACGAACUCUCCCUGCAGCUGUGAGGAAUCUGUCAGUUAGAAACACAGGAACAGCUGAUCUGAAUGUUACCUGGAGCCCCGCCCUUGGAGAUGUGGACCAUUAUGAGGUGACUCUGCUCUUCAACGACACCCGCGUUUUCCCCCCCGUCAUGCUGGGCAGUGAUGCGUGUCAUCACCUGCUCUCCUCUCUGACACCUGGGCGCCUCUAUAAGAUAAUGGUGUCAACAUUCAGCGGGCCUCUUCAGAUCGCUCAGGUGAUGGAAGGACGGACAGUUCCCAGUGCUGCAAAGAACCUGCGAAUGAUUCCCCAACCCGGCCGGACAGUAUCUAAUGGUGGGCUGUUUUUCUCAUGGACGCCUGGACAAGGAGACCUGGACUUUUACAAAGUGUCCCUGUCAACCAGGGGUGGAGGUUCUAUCGAUACGCGCCCCGUCCCCAAACACGUUUCUUCCCUUGGCUUUUUAGAUUUAAUACCAGGCCAGGUGUACACAGUCACCAUCCAAUCACAGAGCGGGACGCUGAGCAAUAGUAACGCAGUCACUGGUAGAACAGCUCCAGCUACAGUCACCGCCCUGCAGGCCGAUAAUGGACACACCACCCACAGCCUCACCGUCCGCUGGGAGCGUCCGGUCGGCGUGUACGACGGCUACAGCCUGCAGUUACUGGACGAAGCUGGAGGCAUUCUGAGAAAUCAGUCGGUGCUGGUGGACAGCCAGAGCGAGCUGCUGGAGGGUCUGACUGCAGGGAAGUGGUACCGGGUGAAGAUGGUGACUCUCAGCAGUGGUGUUCCAUCGCUGGAUGCAGCCACAGCAGAAGGGCAAACCCGUCCUGCUGCCGUUCAAAACCUGACAGUUGUCUUGGUGAACACCACCUCCCUCAGCUUCUCCUGGCGGCCCUCAGACGGCCAUGUUGACACCUAUGACCUGUCGCUCUACCAUGUCUCCGAGGCAAUGACCAAUCACAGAGCAUCAGGCAACAGGAAGGAGCAUCAGCAGACUGCAGGCGAGCUGGUGGACCGGCAGAACGUCGGUCCAACUGGCAACGGCUGUGUGUUCUCAGGCCUGCAAGCAGGAAGUCUGUAUCGCCUCCUGGUGGUGAGCUGGAGCCGGGACAUGAGCAGUGACUCGUCUGUUCUCGCCAGAACUGUCCCGUCUCCAGUGUCGUCCCUACAGGUUCAGAGUUCAGGACAGACCAACAGACUGACGGUCAGCUGGCAGCAUGGAGAGGGAAGCUGGAGCAGCUAUCAGGUUCUGUUGUACGACGCGUCCGGAACCACUCUGGGAGCUCAAACCCUGGGGGCGGAGCACAGGAGUCACACUUUCCUCGGACUGAUUCCUGGUAGGCUGUAUCAUGCUGAGGUCAUCACACACAGCGGGGAUCUAGCCAACAGCGUCUCAGAAUUUGGGCGAACUUCUCCAGAACCUCCCACCCACCUGUCCGUCAGACAAGGCCCGACCAAUGACACGAUAGAGCUGUUGUGGUCUGGUCCCGCUUCCGGAGACUAUGAUAACUUCAGCCUGCAGUGGGCGCCAGAGGACCACCUGUCCAUCAUACCGACCCACCUAACCAGCUGCAUCGUGGGUGGGAUGUUUCCUGGACGAAACUACAACUUCACCUUGAUGACUGUCAGUGGGGGCGGAGCCAAAGGCGAUCCUACUACCAAAAGCCAGCCAAUCCAGAGGAGCGUCAGAACAAGUCCGUCUCCUCUCAGGUCCAUCCACUGCUUCCCUCUGUCCUCCUCCUCCCUCUCCUGCUCCUGGACGGCUCCGCUCGCUGACUUCGACUCCUACGAGGUCGAGUGCCGUCGCCACGACAGCGGGGAACUGACUUCGGCCCUAAGGCUGGUCGGGGGUGUUACCGCGGUAAUACUGGACCACCUGGAUGCAUUCAGGAAGUACUCUGUGACGGUCAGAGUGUCAUCGGCUGGACAGAUGAGUCCGCCGGCGACUCAGACCACCGUCACCAUGAUUGACCGUCCCCCCAUCCCGCCUCCCAGCGUUCUUAUCAGUGAGAAGUCGUCCAAAAUGACUUCUUCCUCCAUCUUGUUCCGCUUUAACUGUUCCUGGUUCAGCGACGCCAACGGAGCCGUCAGAUACUUCACUGUGAUCGUGGCCGAGUCGGAUGCCAAUGAAAAUCUGCAGCCAGAACAGCGCCACCCGCUGCCCACGUACCGCGAUUACAUCAACAACUCCUCUGUCAGAGCGUAUCAGACAGCAUACUUCCCAAGUCGCUGUCCUCAGGACGCAGACAUCUCCACUGGACAGGUGGUGGAAGUGAAUCUGGGGGCAGGUGGGGAGCGGCUGGGCGGAGCCUGUGAUCAUUACCAUGACGAUGAGCUGUACCUGGGCAACGGUUACGACAGCUUCUGUGACGGGCCACUGAAACCUAAAAUGUCUUACAGGCUGAGCGUGCGAGCCUUCACCAGACUGUUUGAUGAAAACCACAGAGAGGUCGCUCAGCCACUCUUCUCAGACACAUACCUGUCCUCGCCGCUCAGGACGCACGCAGAGCCUCUAGGUGGCGUCGUGGAGGGCCUGAGUGCGGGGAUGUUCCUCAUUGGGAUGAUGGUGGCUGUCGUUUCCCUGCUGGCCUACAGACAGAGGCUGCGCAAAGUGGCCGUGCAGGAGAACCCAGUGGUGAGGAUGAGUAUGUGGAAAGAAGUCCCAGCUUCAGGGAUGUAUAUGGGAGUGAGGAGUAACCGCCGGGUCACCAGCCCUGUCAAAGUGUGCCACUUUGAGUCCCAUCUGAGCAAACUGCAGGCAGACUCCAACUACCUGCUGUCCGAGGAGUUCGAGGAUCUGAAGGAUGUGGGCCGCAAUCAGACGAUGGACCUCGCCAGACUGCCGGAAAACCGAGGGAAGAACCGCUACAACAACAUCCUGCCAUACGACUCAACCAGAGUGAAGCUGUCCUACCUGGAGGAUGACCCCUGCUCAGACUACAUCAACGCCAGCUACAUGCCUGGGAACAACUACCGCAGGGAGUACAUCGCCACCCAGGGGCCGCUGCCGGGCACUAAAGAUGACUUCUGGAGGAUGGUGUGGGAGCAUGGUGUGCACAACGUCGUCAUGGUGACACAGUGCGUGGAGAAGGGACGGGUGAAGUGUGAUCAGUACUGGCCUGCUGACAAGGAACCGCUGUACUACGGCGACCUGGUCAUUCAGAUGCUGUCAGAGUCCGUCCUGCCCGAGUGGACCAUCAGAGAGUUCAAGAUCACCUCGGAGAACAGCCGCAGUUAUUCCCGGAUGCUGCGCCACUUUCACUACACCGUGUGGCCUGACCACGGCGUUCCGGAGAGCACCCAGUCCCUGAUCCAGUUUGUCCGGACAGUCCGGGACUACGUGGACCGAUCACCGAGUACCGGAGCCACGGUCGUGCACUGCAGUGCUGGAGUUGGGCGCACAGGGACCUUCAUCGCUUUGGAUCGGGUUCUACAGCAGCUGGACUCCAGAGGAAGCAUCGACCUGUACGGCUGCGUGUUCGACCUGCGGCUGCACCGACAGCACAUGGUCCAGACCGAGUGUCAGUACGCCUUCCUGCACCAGUGUGUGAGGGAUGUCCUGAGAGCCCGGAAGCAUCGCAGCGAGCAGGAGAACCCUCUGUAUCCCAUCUAUGAGAACUUCAACCCAGAGUACUGCCGUGAUUUUAUGUACAACGGACGUUAAGGAGACGACGACGUUCAUCCAAUCAGGAGGGAGGAAACGCAUCAGAACAAGGUCCACCAUGGAGACACGUGUUCAGUAAUAGGUCUGAUCUGCCUGAACUCACAUUGAGCAACGUCCUUCAGCACGACGUUAGCAGCUGAAAUAACUUCUGUUUGGAUAAAGCCUAAAUAUUCAUGAAUGAUUGGUGUGGAUCAAAGGUUUAUAGAGUUUUAGAGCAUUAAAAAGGUUUUUUUAAAUUUAGGAUAAAUCACCAUGGAAACGGAGCACAUUAUCUGCUUUAAAUAAUGUUUAGUUCUGACUUUCAGGUUAAAUGCGCUGUAAAAAGCUCCAUCCUGCCACUUGUGGUUAAAAGCUCCACAAAGAAAUUUCUACAUGAUAUAAAAACUGCUUGUUUAUGUUGCUGCAACCUUUCUAAAUAAAAAUUUAAAAACAUGGCUUCAGUUUAUGAGACGAGGUUCAGUCAGGUUGCUAAAAAGUUCUGCUGUACAUUUAUAAUUAUUUUUAUUAUCUUGCAAACAGUCAGAGAUUAAAAUCAAGUAAUAUUAAACAGUUUGGGAUCUGAGGUCAAGGUCUUAAAAAGUUAAGGUUUAAAGUACUUUUAAUGAGUAAUGGAACAUACAGCAACAUGACGCUGCCCCUCCCCAUCUGUUGCUGCACACUACGGGUCAGCUGCCUGAAAUUCUGCCACCAAUCAGGUGGAUUAGUUUUUUUUUUCUACUGCUGUCGAGUUGCAAGCAGCAUCUCAACUGUUAGUUAGCUGCCUGACUAAUUAUCCAUGUAAUAUCAGCUUGUUUUUAUUAUGAGGGCAGAAAGGUAUAUUUUGUACAAGAAGCACAUAAAAACUGCUACUGAUGUUACCGGGUGUUUAGUCUAUAUUUUUGCUCAAGAUACUGGAAUAAUAAUAAUAAUAAAUGUAAGAUAUUAAUUUAACUAUGACAAUAGCUUGAACGGGAAUAUUUGUUGCUUUUCUGUUUUAAAUAAAAGCAAUUAGAUCCUGUUUCAUUUUUAUGGUAGUACUGUGAAAUGGUGGUAUUUUCACUCAAACACAAACUCAUUAACAACUUAGAUCAUUUGGAGAGUCAGUUCCUAAUGUUUGUCUAAAUAAUGCAUAAAAAACAUUUUAUAUCGGCAACUUUUAAUUAAUGUGCUAAUAUCAGGUAUUCGUCUGAUCAGUAAACCGGUGGAGCUUCUUACAGAUGUUUUAAUCAGAACAGGAACCGACCCAGAGCAGGUUAGGAGUUCUGACCUGAUCUCCUUUUAAAAAGUUCGGACCUAGAUGUGUUUUACGGGGAGACCGACACAGAAAAGAGGGUUGAAGUUGACCUACAGCAGAGUAGGUGUGAAGGGAGGGGGCGGAGCCUGUGUCAUGACAUCAUAGCCAAGCUAGCUGACUUUAUACUAGUUCACAAUUGUUAGAUAAUGUUUCCAGCCCGAGUGUUUGACUCGUUAAAUGCUCAUUUUUAUGAUAAAGUCUCAUGUUACCAUGGUGAUCUAACUGGGUUAAAAAAAAAGUGACUGUCCUCUCAACUCAGCUGGGAUGAGAUGGUUACUUCCCAGGAUGUCCUUCAACACACUCAGCUGCUGGUCAGAGACUAAAGGUCAACCCAACCUCAACAGGGACAACCCCUGAGGUCAUAGUCCGGUCCAAAGGACCAAAACAGACCCAAAUCCUGUUCAUUCUGAUCCAUAAACUCAUCACAUAGUCUGAACCAAACUCUAAAAUGAUCAGUGAUCAAUAAUACUCUAUUCUCUGAAGCCCAAACCAACUUCACAUUUUCAUAAAUUUACCUAAGAAACUACAUUUAAAACUAAACGGUUCUGUUCUAAAUUGUUCUGAAGUUGUUUGAGGAAAUAAACACCUAUUUUUCUACCUUCUGUAUGUUUUCACUGCUCCAUAUAAGCUGUUUAUUUAAGGAAAACUUCACAUAAUGCUGUAUGUAAAUAUUGAUGUAAUACUCGUUUUCCGUUGCUGGGUUUCUGUUUGUGUUUUCAUGCUGUGUAACAUUUAGAUUUCUGCUUCAGACUUUAACUUCCUGCCUUAAAUUAACACUUAAAAUGUUUAAACUGAACAUCUGAACACAAACAGGCCUCAAGUUUCAUUUUAAAGAAAUCAGGAUGCGUCUAAAAUGUUUGCAUUUAAAAACAAUCAUUGGCUGUUUUAUUUUCUCAAUCUAAAAGUUAUUUUUAAGUUAGAAAACAUCUCAGUCUUCUAACCUGCCGUCUGAGUCAUGUAAACCUGAUCAUAAAAUGCUCAUUAAAAUUAGCGGCCACUCCAA